AUCUUAGUAGUAAAGACUUUGAAAUUGUAGAUCUUAGUAGUAAAGACGUUGAAAUUGUAGAUCUUAGUAGUAAAGACGUUGAAAUUAUAGAUAUAAAUAAGGAUAUUGAGGAUAUUAGUGAUGAUAUUGAAUUUAUGGAUAUUAGCGAUGAUAUUGAAUUUAUGGAUAUUAGCGAUGAUAUUGAAAUUAUAGACAUUAGUGAAGUUAUGGACAUUGGCAACGAUAAGGAUAUUAGCGAUAAUUAG